AUGGCUCCUAUCACUACUAGCGGCAAUAACACAACUACUGAUGAAACAAAAAACGAUCAUAAUAAAAAGGAAGACGAAACAAAUAGCAGUAACAGUGAAAAGAGCAAUAGCAGUGAUGAAAACAACACCAAUAGCAAUAACAGCCCUUGCAGUGGUUCAAAAAACAUUAAGUGUGAAAUAUGCACCAGAACAUUUGCUACAGAAAAAGCGGAAAAAGAUCAUAUGGAGUCUCAUGGUGGAAAAUUCCAGUGUCCUAAAUGCAAGCGUUGCUUUGAAACCACAAAGCAAAGAGAGGAUCACCUCAACAUUGGAAGGUGCAAGAAAGCAUGA